GCAUCAGUCGUGUGGCUCGUGUGUGUUAGCCACACGCUCACACAUCGAUCGUCAUUGUCUUAGCUAGCUAAUCUUUCUUUCUCCUCGGUUAAUUAUCCUUUGCAUGCCCCUCUCCAAGCUCGGACGCUGCUAGCUAAGAUGGGUCCGAGGAUUCAGCAGCUGGCCGCUAUGUUGCUGGCGGCUGUCGUCGUCGUCGCAGCCGCCAGGGAUGAACCUGCAGCAGCAAAAAACUACCAAACUCAGUGGGAUACAGUGAUGUCAAUACUUAACUGUAAGAGUGAUUCGUUGAUCCCUAGCUACAUCUGCAGCGUGAUCAGCAAAAGUCGCUGGGGUUGGGCGUCAGAUGACCCCGACGACUACACGCCGGCGGCAGAUCCGUCGCCGACGGCGGCGAGGCCGUUGAGGAGCACGGCGGACCUACCCAAGUACGUGGACCCGCUGCCGCAGAUGGCCAGGAUCCAGGGCUACGGCAUCAACCAGUUCGGCUUUCCCGUGCCCACCAACCUCACCAUCGGCAUGUACAACAAGACCUGGCAAUUCCACCGCGACAUGCCGCCGACGCCGGUGUUCGUGUACGGGCAGUCGCUGCAGACGGCGACGUUCCCGGGGCCCACCAUCGUGGCGCGCUACAACGUGCCGCUCUACGUGACGUGGGAGAACCACCUCCCCGACGCCCACAUCCUCCCGUGGGACCCCACCGUCCCCACCGCCAUUCCCAAGAACGGCGGCGUCCCCACCGUCGUCCACCUCCACGGCGCCGCCCAGGCCCCCGAUUCCGACGGCCACGCCUUCGCCUGGUUCACCCGGGACUUCGCCGAGAACGGCAGCACAUGGACGCAGAAGACCUACACCUACCCCAACGUGCAGCCGGCGGCCGGCAACAUCUGGUACCACGACCACGCCCUCGGCCUCACCCGCGCCAGCCUCCUCGCCGGCCUCCUCGCCGCCUACAUCGUCGAGUGGCCCGAGCUCGAGAUGCCCUUCAACCUCCCCUCCGGCGAGUUCGACCUCCACCUCGUCAUCGCCGACCGCAAGUUCAACGUCGACGGCACCAUCUUCAUGGACACCGUCGGCGCCGUGCCAUCCGUCCACCCGCAGUGGCAGCCGGAGUACUUCGGCGAGGUCAUCACCGUCAACGGCAAGGCGUGGCCGUUCCAAGCCGUCCAGCGCCGCCGCUACCGCCUCCGCAUCCUCAACGCCAGCAACGCGAGGUACCUCAACAUCAGGUUCUCCAAUGGUCUCCCCUUCACCGUCAUCGCCUCCGACGCGACGUACCUCUCCCGCCCGGUCACCGUCUCCAACCUCCUCCUCUCCCCGGCCGAGAUCUUCGACGUCAUCGUCGACUUCUCCCUCGUGGUGAACCCCAACGCCACCGACAUCGAGUUGCUCAACUCGGCGCCCUACCCGUUCCCCACCGGCACUCCGGCGAACGCGACACUCGACGGCAAGGUGAUGGCGUUCAAUGUCUCCGCCAAGUGGCAGGUCGGCGACGACAUGCCGAUGCAGGAGCCGGAAAACUCGACGGUGGUGCCGGAGAUCGGUGUGCCGUUCGCGAAGGUGACGGCGCUGCCGCCGACGAUGAAGACGAGGUACAUCGUCCUGUACGAGAACAUGACGAGCAACGACCCGAACACCGCCAAGACGAUGAACCUCUACAUCAACGGGCUCCGGCUGGAGGAUCCGCCGACGGAGACGCCGAUAUCGGGGACGACGGAGCUGUGGCACGUGAUCAACCUCACCCCCGACAACCACCCGCUGCACCUCCACCUCGCCGAGUUCCAGGCCGUCCAGAUGCUGCAGCUCGUCGACCCGGACACCUUCAAGAGCUGCAUGCUGAAGCACAACGACACCUUCGCCUGCAACCUCGACCAGCACGCCGUCGGGGCCCUGCAGCCGGUGCCGGAGGAGGAGAAGACGUGGAAGAACGUCGUGAAGAUCCCGCCGGCGUACGUCACGUCGGUGGUGGUGGCGUUCAGGCUCGUCCACAACAACAUGCCCUACCCCUUCGACGCCACGGCGGCGCCGGGAUACGUCUAUCACUGCCACAUCCUGGAUCACGAAGACAACGCCAUGAUCAGGCCACUCACGCUGCUUCCAUGAACAAGACUGCACACUGUACGUGGUGGUUGAUGCAUGAGGAGAUCAAGAUGCCUCACCAGGAUUAAAAAUUAUGAGCAUUUCUGUUUGGGUGAAAGUUAAUUAUCGCGUUAUCCAAGUUAUUUUACUAUAGUUGUCAACCCGUGCAUUUGUAUGGGGGUAUUUGUUACAUGUUGGUGGCCAUGCAUGGUUGUCUCCAUUCGGAUAGGAUAGCCUAUGCUUUGUGCCUUUGUUGUACGUUUGCCUUGUGAUCCCUUCCCUUAAUAAAAUUUGGCCGGAGUUCCUCCGCCGGCCGACCUGCCGAUUCUGUCAUGUGGCAAUUGUGACA